AUGACAUAUUAUUUCCGAGUACGUGCGCAUACUAAAGUUGUUGCUGGUCCUUACACGGAAAUCCGAUCUGUGUCAACUAUGCAUGAAAAUCCAAUACCUAAAUUAUUAAUCAAAACGGUUCAUGCAUCAGAUUUUAAUGGUUACCAUCUCUACUCUAUUUUGAAAAAAAAAUAUGCAAGUGUCAAUAGCGUAAAUGCUGACAAAUAUGUUGAAAAGAUAACAGACCUAGAAUAUUAUAUGUAUUUUACAAUUAACGCUUUUGAUAAAUCUUCUCAACCAUAUCCUCCAAUAAGAUGUCUGACACCUGACGAAAAAGUUUAUAAUUUUGAGAAUGUGACUGCAACGACAAACAGCAUCAUUGUAAAUCUUCCGGAGCCGGUUGUAAAGAGUGGAUGCAAAAAAUAUAAUUUACCAACUACUGUAUAUACUAUUUCCGUAAGUUUUGACAACUGUUUAGACAACAAUCGUUUAGACAACAAGUCUGAAAAAUUCAAUGUGCUGACGAGCGAGCGAUAUUACGAGAUUCAAAACUUAACUCCAUUUACGGAGUACAAGUUGAAGUUUACUUUAAGUAAUUUUUACUUUAAUCAUUUAUCAAUAAAUCCAUUCGAUUCGAAUGUGAUAAUAAAAACUAAUUUGGGCAAGCUUAAUGCACCAGAAAACGUAAGUGUUCUAGCUCUGACGCCUACUGUAGCAGUAGUUCAUUGGAUGGCACUCAAGAAAGUGAACUGCAUGGCAGUGACCUACGAAGUGCGUUGGAAUUCAGUUAUAUCAAUGAACGACACGCAACAAAAUAAUAAACAAUUGAUCAAUGUAUCAAAAAGUACGGCAGACGGCAGAUUUUUCACAAAGAUUAACAUGUCGCUAUCAGUACAAGAUUAUUUGAUAUACGUACGUGUAUAUCCAAUUAAUUUCAGCAAUUUCUACAACGAGAGUUUGAACAAGAUCGUUCACAUAUACUCGGAGCCAAACAUUAUUAUUCUGAACGAGGUUAACAUAAAUAGCAUGAACAUUUCAUGGAUCUCAAACAUCAAUCUGACGGUCUCUUUUGCAUUAAAGUACAAAGACAUUGCAACAGAAAAGUGGCAAACAACGAAUGAUACUAAAAUUAAUUAUAACGAAAAAGUAAUAUACCAUAUUGAAAAUUUGCAAUUGGGAACUUCAUAUAAGUUUCGUUUGAUAUUGAGAUACCUCGAAUAUGAGGAAACUUUUAGAUGGCCGGUUGAUAAAAGAUUUAUUUUUUCAACACUUGUAUAUCAUCGACGCAGAAAUAAUAAUAAGCAAUUUUUGCCUCCAACAAUGGCCAACAUGGAAUUAGCGAUUCUAUAUGAAGUAUCUUGCCAAAACACUCAAUUGAAUAUGCUUUACAGUCCUAUGUUACAUUAUAACCCGGAUGAAUAUGCGAUAACUAAAAUCGAACGUGAACAAAUCACAUUAACAAAACUUCUUGGUAGCGGCGCAUUUGGAAAGGUAUUUCGAGGAAAUGUGAAGAAUUUAGAAAGGUGCGGCGUAGACAUAUCCGUUGCAAUAAAAACGCUUCGGAAAGAUGCUUCUUCCAAUGAGAAAAAGGAAUUUUUAAAAGAAGCCAAACUUAUGAGUCACUUUCGACAUAAACAUAUAUUAAGAUUGUUGGCCAUUUGUGAAGAUGGGGGUCCUCCAUUACUAGUGUUGGAAUUGAUGGAAACUGAUCUGUUAAAAUAUUUAAGAGACUGUCGAAAUUUGCAACCGUCAGAUUCGCAUGCUCUGCGUUUGCAGGAUUUACUCGCCAUGUGCGAAGAUGUUGCGCGAGGCUGUUGCUACUUGGAAGAGUUGCGCUUCGUACAUAGAGAUCUUGCGUGUCGCAAUUGUUUAAUGUCCUCGAGAAAUCGCGAGAAUCGUGUCAUUAAAAUUGGAGAUUUUAGACUGGCUAGAGAUAUCUACAACGAUGAUUAUUAUCGCGUGAAAGGAGAAGAUUUGCUUCCUGUUCGCUGGAUGGCACCGGAAUCUUUGAUAAUCGGCACAUUUACUUCUCAAAGCGAUGUUUGGUCAUUUGGUGUUUUAAUGUGGGAAAUUACAUCGUUGGGCCAACCUUAUAUUGGCAAGUCUAAUGAAGAAGUGAUAAGUUAUGUACGUGCUGGAGGCAGGUUGCCGAUGACUCUUAACUGUCCGUCAAUAUUGUACCAGUUGAUGCUACGUUGCUGGAGUACAGCGGAUGCUAGGCCAAAUUUCAAAUUUUGUUUGAAAAAUAUUAUAGCAUUAAGAAAGAACAUAGAAGAUGCCUUACUGAGUCCAGUCGAUACUAUUUAGCCGAUAUAAUUAA